GGCUGCCUUAAAAAUAUGGCGGAAAUUUCGAAAGAUUGCAGUGUGCCCAUCAAGAUGUCAUGGGGUGAGCUUGAAGCCUUGUGCCGUAUAGAGGGGUUCCACUGUAAAGAGUUGGGGAUAACCAAAGCAAACGUCAAGGAUUAUGAAGUGGAGUUCCUCUGUGACUACAAAAAGACUAAGGAAGAAGAAUUUUACCUGGUGAAAUGGAGGGGCUUUCCAGAGUCUGUCAACAGCUGGGAGCCCAAGUGGCAUCUGAAAUGCCCCAAACUGAUGAAGCAGUUUCACCUCGACCUGGAUCAUGAGCUGAGACGCCAAAAAAGACGUACAAUCCCAAAAAAGCUGGAUAAAGAAAUCUCAACACUCCUCGUUCAGAAAGCCAAACUUCGUCAAAGACUGAAGACCUGGGAAGCCCAAUUAAACCAAACCUGCAACCAUCCCGGUCGCAUCUUUGUCUUGAACGAUGUCGACCUCGAAGGUCCGCCAAAGAACUUCAAUUAUAUUAACAGCUACAAAGCAGGCCCUGGUAUUGUUUUUGAUGAAAUGGCCGUGGGCUGCGAGUGCAAAAACUGUUUUGACGAGCCGGUCAACGGAUGUUGCCCUGGUGCGUCCUUGCAUCGGGUUGCUUACAAUGAACAUGGCCAGGUCCGGAUCAGGCCGGGACAGCCCAUCUACGAGUGCAACGCUCAGUGUCUCUGUAGCAUGGAUUGCCCUAAUAGAGUGGUGCAAAAAGGCAUUCAGUUCGACCUAGCUAUCUUUAAGACGGAGAACGGCCGGGGAUGGGGAGUACGUACGCUGCAGCAUAUAAGGAAGAAUACGUUUGUCAUGGAGUAUGUGGGAGAGAUUAUUACGACAGAUGAAGCAGAGAAGCGAGGUCAUAUAUAUGACCGCGAAGGCUCUACGUAUCUGUUUGACCUGGACUAUGUGGAAGACGUAUACACAGUGGAUGCUGCUCAACAAGGAAACGUCUCUCACUUUGUCAACCACAGUUGUAACCCGAACCUACAAGUAUACAAUGUGUUUAUUGACAACAUUGACGAGAGGCUCCCCAGAAUUGCAUUAUUUUCAACACGAGGCAUUCGGGCAGGAGAGGAGCUCACAUUUGACUACAAAAUGCAAGUUGAUCCAGUUGACACAGAAAGUUCCAAAAUGGACUCCAGUUUCACUCUAGCUGGCAUCUCCACUUCUCCAAAGAAGAGGCUUCGAGUGGAGUGCCGGUGUGGGUCGGACUCAUGCAGAAAGUACUUGUUCUGA